UGAUAUUAAUUGUAUAAAAGUAGUGCUACAAUAACAUGUUAUUGUGGAGCUUAUACCCUACCAUGUUCACAUUUAAGUUUAUAGCAUUGCCUCUAGUGAAGAGAACUGUGAUGUACUGACAUUCAGGCGGUGGCAGUAUAACGUUUGUUUCCACACGACCCAACCAGCUUGUAGAAGAAGAAGCUGAUCCUACGGCUCAUGUUCAAAAUAAGGCGGUUAAAUUCAAAAUCAACGAAAAGCUUUAAGGCUAUUAUACUUAGAUCAGUAGCCGAUUGCCAUCAUCUAACAGCUACUUGGUACGGAUACAAGCUGCCCGAAGAUGGAACCGUCUGAAGCAUCAAGGACAGACAGUGAUAGUGUUGGAUCCUCCAAACGGCGUGUUUCUUCGAUCUUGAAAGCGCCACGGACAUCAUCUGUCAAAUUCAUUAGCCCAGAGCGAGAGAAGAGUCAGGUGGAGCGUGUCAAGCCAGUAGAGAAGAAGAGGAUCUCCAGAAGAGUCAGUUUUGCCACUUCCAAUGAUGUUUUACUGUUCUCAAAAGACUUGAAGAAUGGCUCCCCUGUCCGAAGUCCUCUACAAAACCUCACAAAAAGUGUGUUUUUCACAGCAGCAGAAAAUACAAGCGUUCAAACUGGUUCCAUUAAUGGAUCUCAACCAAUCGCAGGCAUGGAAACCUUGUUGAAUGGUCCUCUCCAUGUUUCACAAAAAAGAACUAAGGACCAGUUCAUGUUAAAACGGGAUGAUUAUGGAGAGAAAACAGUGAUGUUCACAGGAGAGGAUACAACAUGUAUGGACAUGACUCACAGUCACACAGUACUCAUUGGCAAUGAUUCAGACUGCUCAGUUGUUCUGCCACAUGAAAGCAAUACAUCUAUACUUACCUGCGGGAACAUGGAUUUUACUUUUUCACAAGAAAAAAAGGAAAAUGGGUAUUCUCAUGACUCGGCAGACAAUUCUGCCCCCUUUCAAAACAAGUCCACAUCUGGCAGAGGUAUGGAUCCAGAAUUUGAACAUUUCCUUGCCAGUCUAAGGAAGACGAGGGGCCCCACUGUUAAUCAAGUAACUCCGGAUUCCUCCACUGAAGUGGCUUUCCACCAAGCUGCGUCCCCUCCAGAAAGAACUGACAGCAGAUGCUUUCUUGCUACACUCAAUGCAUGCAUGUCAGGAGUUGAUCAAGAGAAUCAGGUUCCAGCUUUCUCAACAGCUAUGAGAGCAACAGUUAUUCCUCAAAUGCAAAGCACCCAGUUCAAGACUACAUCUGUGAUGCACUACGAACAAGAUCUUAUGGAUCUGACAAAAAGCCACAAUACUUUAAUAGAUGGUAACGGAGUAUUUCAGAGUGUGCCUAAUAUAACAUCUGAAGAACAAAGGCUUAGGGAGAGCCCUUUCAGCCUGGUAUCUUUCUCUACUGAUCCAGAUGAAAUGGAGUUGACCAGGAGCCAAACUGCUGCUAUUGACUCCAAAGCCAUUGGUAUGAUAGCCACAAGUCCCUUUAUGAAAACUGAAAGUGUGGCCUUUAUGUCAGAUCCCAAUAAAACCCAGAUCUUCAGAGAUGAUGACCGUGAUAUGGAGGUGACCGCAGCUCUUAAUGCAUCUCUCCAGGUGGAUGUGUCCCCUUUGACCAAAAAGGUUGCAUCAUCUCCCUGGAUUUUUCCCAAGGAAAAUGAUACCACCUUUCAGCCAAAUCAACAGAUAUCUCAUAGUUCCAUCCACCCAAACUCUGAUGACAUGGAGACGACAAGAUGUCAGACAGUUGCCAUUGAUUGCAAAAGUUUAGGCCUUAUUGAGGUCCCCUUACAAGGCAAGACGAGGAAUAGUUCGUUCUGCAUGCCGUCCUCUCCUCUUCCCAUAGACACAAAAAGCCUCAGUGUGGUCAAACAAGUGCAAAAGGACAAAAUGAAAAGUAUCUCUUUCAUGUCUGAGUUCAACAAAGGCAAUCAUGCAUCAGAGAAUGACUGUGCUAUGGACUUGACCAAAACUCUCACUCUGUCUAAAGAUCACAGCAAUGUCUCAAACAUGACUGAUAAGACUAUGGGCAGAUUGUUCCCGAUAACAAAACCCCAAAACAAGUUGUUUGAGAAGAGCGUGAUUAGAGCAGAACCUACUAUGGAUGACAAGGAAUUCACAAGGGGCCAUACUGGGGUCAUUGACACCAGAGUUAUUGAUGUCGUAGGGGAAGAUGAGAAGUGUACAGAGAGAAAUCGAGCUUCAACUGAACAGUUGGUGGCAAAUGUUUCCUUUUCUGCCCAUGGUGAUGACACCUUUCUCAGGUUGUCCAUUAGCUCUAAGACAAAUUUCAAGGGAGAAAAUGACUGUUCUUUUGUGGGUCACAAAACCAAUCUGUUUUUGGAUUCUGAUGAUAUGGAUAUGACUAGAAGUGAGACUGCUGUAAUUGAGUCUGACAGCAUAAAGAUGGGGAAUUGUGACCAUGUCAGUGCAAGGAAACCAAGUGUGAGUGGGACUCUGGAGAUGGUUCCUCACUUAGAGCAGAUUGCAAAUGGUUACAUGUUUCAGUUAGGUACUGAAAGCCGCUGCAGUAGCGAGGCACCAACAUUUUCUGACUCUGAAAUGGAAAGGACAAAAAGCCAGACUAUUGCAAUUGAAUCCAGAGGUAUUAACCUGACAUUUGUACCCCAAACAGAUGAAGCAUUAGGGAAUGUGACAAAGAUAUCAAAUGGACAGGAAAAGGCUAUUGAAGUAAACGGAGUAGAGAAAGCAACACAUUGCCGAAAUAAUGCUGAAGCUGUUACUUCUAAUAUGAAGGAGGAGGUGGUGAUCAGUGAUGAAACUCAAGUGUUUUCUGAGGAUCAUGAAAUGACCCGGGCUGUCACAGUGCAAACUGAACAACAUGCAACUACCAAUGAGGUAGUUAUGAUGGGCCCGACUACGCAGGCAGUUUCCUUGUUUUUACCUGAGCCUCAACUUGGACAUGUCUUCACUAACCUUACAGAACACUUUGACCAAAAGAGAUUGGAAGACACAAAUGAUCCAGCUCUGAAUGUUGAACAACCUGUGAUUAUUCCUAACAAACCAGUAAGCUUUUCAAUUUCCCCUUCAGUCUCAAUAGAAAAUGAGAAUGUACCUUCAGAGAUAACAGACCAAAUGAGUUUGGCAGAUUUGCAGCGGAAACUUGAUCAUAUUAGCUGCACAAUAACUAUAUCCCCUGAUGUGAUGGAUAGCUGUGCUCCACCUUUGUCGGACCUGGUGAAGACCUCAGACAAAUAUGGUGUAGAGACAGAAUCCUUAACCACUGUAAACUACGGGUCUAAGAGCAUGGGAGGAAUGACUGAGAAAACAGCAAGUGUUGAAUUGGAGGACCAUAUUAUUUUUGAUGUCAAAUCUAAUAUGACUCCUCUGAAAACAAAAUGCCUUACAUCGCGAGUGUCAUUUGGUGGUUUCCUGCCCAAACUCCCACAAAGGGCCAAACACUCUGUUCCACACCACAUGGAAUCCAAAAGCAUGACUGAUUUUGGGAAACGUAUAUGGAAGAAUAACGUGGUUGGAACUCAUCACCUGAUCAGCAACACCAUGAUGGACAAUAUUAAUGAUGAAGUGCUUCCAGAUAUUAGCACUGAAGAGGACUUAUCAGAAACUGUAGAUGCAAAGUCAACUCAGACAGUAGAGGACAAGGUCUUUGAAGAGAUAAUCCUAACUAAAACCCAAGGUCAGAAGAGGCUCCUACCAGAAGAGGAUCAUGAGAACUCUAUGGACAAGGAAAAGAGGUGGAAGCCAUCCACAGAAAAUGUCGGAGAAAUGGCACCACCCACACAGGUAGGUCAGUGGGACAGUAACUGCACAGGAACGGCAAGCGAUGGAUCCAGAAGCGACGCUAACAUCCGUUGUGAGGGCACAUUUGAGACGUCAACUUCUAGACAAAACCAACUUGAGUCCCAGCUUGAGGACACUGGUGACUACAUGUUAGAUGUACGGAAGAAACUCCAAGAUGGCAGCAUUACAGUGACAGAGUUCCUGAAACUCUUCAGCAUUGACUUUGUCAUUCAUAAACCUCGGCAAAGUAUUCUGCCUGCCAGGGUUGUGUCAUGCAUGGAUUGCCAAACAAAAGACUUAUUAAUAGAAAAGCACAUCAACCGUCCCAAACAGAGUGUGUAUGCAAUGGACUGUCAGAAGCUGACCGAAUUGGUGAAUGGGUUGAAAGUUCGUCUGAGAGACAGAGACAAUCUUUUGAAAAAUGUAAAUCCAACACUUUGGGAGUCAGUGAAGGGUUUUUCAGAUGAAGAGUUGCAGCUUUUUGGUGCCAAGCUGAAAGAGAGGAGGACAUUCUUCAGAAAGAGAAGCAAAGUGCAAUCACAUGAAAUGAAAAGUGUUUUGUAUUUGAACCUUGUCAAAACCACUCAGGAGGCACAACAUAACCUGAGAGGAAAGAUUGAGAAAGCGGACAAGUUACUGACAGACCUUGAUGAAUGCAUACAUGACUUGGAAGCUGAACUUGCAGCUGUGGAAGGCACUGAGGUAGAGGACAAUGAAACAACUUUGAAAGCAAGGCAACAAGGAUUGGAGAAUGUCAACAAAGCAAUUGCUGAGCAUGAAAGGCAAAUCUGUGAAAUAAAAGUACAGGAGAGAUGCACAUUGAACAGGGUGGACAGGCUUCAAAAGGAGGCACUGGAACAGGAAGACCAUAUUGCCAUGCUGGACAGAUUGAAUGAAUGGAAGUUUGUAGAGAAAGAUGACAGGAAAACAGUCUACAGCUUUCUCUAUCAGUCCUUCCUGAUGGAGGUACAUUUUGAGAAAUCUGAUGGAGAAAAUGGUGAAGAGAAUGAGCGUAACAUCAUGGACAUCAGAUUUCAUCGCCAAAUGGAUGAUGAAAAGUCACAGUGCCACUCUCGCCUUGUGCACAACCUGCUGUGUCAGUACAUUGGCAGUGACCCCUCUUUCUUCAAAACAUACAUCACCAGUCGAUACAUUCCCAAGCUUCUGCAUGAUGUGGGUCUGGUGGUGAGCCGAUGUCGCCUCCUGGGAGAAGAGAUACACCUGAUGAAAAAGUGGGGCGCUCUGAGGCUGAACAUCCUGGACAUCAGCUGUGUGGACACACAAGUUCGGAUCCUGUUCUCCGGUCUCAAGACAGUUGCCAAGUUUGAGAUGACUAUAGCCAUUAUGUCCUCUUACCCCUUCUGUCUGCUUCAACUGCAAAACUUUCAGAAUCACAUUGGAAACACAACGAAAGAGCAGGUGGAGGACAUUAUUUCAUCUGUAACACCAGCAAGAAACUACUUAACUAAGAUCGUUAAGAAGAUCAAUGAAAAUCUGCUGUGCUGAGACCAGUUCCAGUCAAUGUCUGUUGUGGUGCUCAGAUAUAUGUAGUGUAUAAGUAAUUAAUUAAAAUAUUUGUCAGUUCCAUUUAAUGAUUUUUUGGUGCCAUUUUGUCUUCUGUCUUAGUUUUCCAUGUUGUGUACUAUAUAUUUUAACUGCUAGAGUUCUUACAAACCGUCUUUGAUGUAUUGCCUUAAGCAAAACUUGAAGUUCACCACAAUAAAGUUUGAAUGACACAC